AUGAACAGUGCACUUGUGAGAGAGACGUCGUUGCGCCUCCCCCCCCUCGUGAGCGCCCAGCGCCCGACACGAGCGGACUACUACUGGUUCGUACACCACCUGCUGUUCACCGCGCUGCUGGUGCUGUCCAUCGGGUGGUCCCUUCUACCGACGAGACCCACCUCAACACACGUCCCCGUGCAGGUGCUUCUGGACGUGUUACCGCAGCGGCGGUGGGUGCUCGUGUUGCAGUGUCUGUGGCUGCUGGGCAUGAUGUUUGCGUACUGUGGGCUGAACCUGUACGCGGAGGACGUGCUGACUCCGCCACUGGACUCGCAGAAGACGGUUGUCGAUGCGGCGGGGGGCCCUGGGACCAGUGGGACCAGUGGGACCAGUGAGGACACCCCCAACAGCAACAACAGCCUGUUCUCUGAGUCAUCCACUUUGGAGUACAUCGCGACGCGUGUCUGCUGCGAGACCAGCGGUGUCGAGGACCUCCCGCUGAUGGACGUCUGCGACGUGCUGUACUCCUCGGUAGACGGUAGCUGGUAG